AAUUCUAUUCCCUGUUCCUGUUGCCUGUUGCCUGGCAUUGUGUGAUGGGCUUUAGGCUUGGAAGUGACGUACGUGUUACCCUGGACGUGGGACACGAGUUUAUUUGGCAGAGUAACCCAGGUUAUAUUGAAACAUUUGCUGUACAUUAUUGUAUGUUCUCUGGAAGUUGGUUUUUAUGGAAGCAUUCGCUUCCAUAAAACUGUGAGAACAGUGUGGAGUACUGUGGAGAACUGUGAACUGUUCAGUUAUUUCGAGACACUUCUGGCAGAGGACGAGGAAUGUCGGCAGUGCUUUCGACAAUUUUGCAGCUUGUGCACGACCCUUUUAGUGCCGAUGGAGGGUAUUGUCGGCGACAGUGCCAAAAGUAUACAAAGUAUCGUCGACCGCGACACGAACUUUGCGCGGAAGUACGGAUACGCGAGAGGUCUUCGAUGGAAUGCGAUCAGCGCCGUGGAGAUAUUCGAGCCUGUGCUCGCUUACUGGGAAAAGCGCGUGGACACCGACAAGAGCACGCUCGAGCGUUUGCUCGACACUGGCGUCUUGCUGGAACUAAUGAAUUUGUUUGUACACAUGAACAGAGAUGAAUUUUACUCCACGCACGUGUCGGUCAAGUGCAAGUCGUGCCUGGGCAAACUCUGUACAGUUAAGAGGGACUUGUACAACGCCGUGGUGAUAAAAUGCAGAUUCGUCAGUCUGGUAUGUAAGUUUUCCGUUAAAACUCUACUGGCGAAAGCGUGCGCUGUUACUAGGAAAAUUAUGAAGCGGAAUGUCGAGUGGAUCAUUCGUGAAACGAAGGAAUCCGAAUGUAAGCGUUGGAGACAAUCGUGGAACACGUGUCGCAAUUUAACUUACAACGUAGGCGUACUGUCUGAACACGUGUACGAGGAAAGCCGCAGAUGGGUGCACAUUAAGAAAAUUACGCCCAAAGAAGUCGCAAGCUUAGCUACGUUGGACCGCUUGACCAGUGAUGAAGAUGAGAUAAAGAGCGAAUUGGGACUUUCAAUAGAAAGUAUCUCUAAGUACGACGUUACCGCGUUGUGUCUGCGUGAAGUCAACAGUUUACUGGAGCAUCUAGUAACAAUUCUUCAACCAAUAGCAGCGAGUUGCUGCGGCAGUAUGCUGCGCAUGAAAUGGUACCUUAACACUGUACUCUUCGACAAGGACUUUACUAUACCUACCUAUUUAUAA